UGCACCAGUGGCUGUCAACUACUAGCACAAGUCACAUGAGUCUUGCCCAAGCUUGGGCACCUUCAUGUGUCGUUGAUGCUGCAUCCACAAUUUAGUCGCGUUCACAAUCGGCGCCGUCCAUCGUGUCCAUCUUGCCUUCUUGUGCACCACUGGCUGUCAACUACUAACAAGUCAAAAAAGUCUUGCACAAGCUUGUUCCCUGUGUCACCCAAGCACAGGUGGCGUUCCCUCCUCCAUUGAUGAAUUGUAUGAAUAUUGCUAGCUCACAUAUGAUGGGGUUCCAAGAAAAAACAGAGGUCAGCAAGUCUUGCACAGACCUCACAAGUCAGCAAACCUGUAUUCAAGAUGUUGAUGUAUGGCACGCACGCAGACCCACCAAUUCAUGACCAAGUGGAAUUCCAUGUUCUACUUUUUGACAGAUGUAUGGUGGCGUGCUUCGCUCGGUUGUUGACAACGCAUUCUAGAACUUAUUAUAUGCGCGAAAGUCUUCCGGAGUUCCCACGGGAGAUGGCGGGAAAGUCUUCCGGUUGCUCUGCAAAUCACAUCUUUGAUAGGAAAGUCUUCCGGUUGCUCUGCAAAUCACAUCUUUGAUAGGCUUCUAGUAAUAUACAGUACAGGGUGCUCUGUUCUCUCCCACCUUUUGGGUUCUACAAACAAAAUUCUGUUAGCCAGCAUGCGGCUGGUGCUCUUGUUGGUGUGGCUGUGGAGCUUGGCACCCACUGCCAUGAACAUCAAGGUGGCAUCUGCAGCCCCCCAUCCUCCAUCUGCCCCUAGCCUCGCGCGCUGCCCCAAAACCUGUGGGGAUGUGAGCAUCUCGUACCCCUUCGGCAUCGGGCCAGGCUGCUUCCGGCGAGGCUUCGACCUCAUCUGCGACACCACCACCAGGCCUCCCAAGCUCUUCCUAGGCAACACCACCACCCAGGUGAUCAGCCUCUUCCCUUCAGGAACCGUCCUUGCCUCCAUCAUGUACACCAUCCCCAUGGUGCCGGGUGUUGGCACCUACAACCUGUCCUGGGAGUCUCCAGGGAGGAACCUCAACAUCGCGACCUACAACUACCUGGGGUUCCUCGGCUGCGGCAUCGGGGUCUACCUGUACCACCCUGACACGGGUGACCUCGUCGGCCACUGCACGAUUAAGUGCACCUCCAUGGCGAGCUUGCUCCUCGUGACGGAAGGUGGAGGGAUCUGCAACGGCAUGGGCUGCUGCACCGUCACUUUCCCCGUGGCGUUCCGAGGGUUUAGGGUGACCAUCGUGAAGAACAACGAGACAGUGCCACAGCCUUUUGCUAACAUCACCAUCAAGGCUUUCUUGUCAUUCCGCCCGUAUAUCUUUAGUAUUGCGGACCUGUUGUCCGAUAAGAUAAAUGCGAGCACUGUCGGUGCUUCCUCUGCUGCGUACCUCUCGACUGUGAUCACAGAUAAGCCCAAUUGCGCAAAAGCUCGGUCGGAUGAUAAGACACGGUAUGCCUGUGGCAGUAGCAAUUGUGAGGAUGUGGCAAAUGGAGGCUACUCCUGUACCUGCUCUGGCAGUUCUGAUGAUGGUAAUCCCUACAUUCUUGAUGAUUGCAAACAAGAGUAUAAUCAUACCCCCAAAAUGAACUGUUCUAGAUCAUGUGGUAGCACAAACGUUCCUUUCCCUUUUGGGUUUGAACCAGGGUGUUACGCUACCAGGAGAUUUCAACUGAAUUGCGCAUCCAAUCGCACUCUUAUUGGCAGACCACCUGUAAAAUAUGAAGUGACAAAUAUUUCAUUAGAUGAUGGACUGCUAUAUGUUAAUAAGCUUUCAGAGUUUGAAGAUGCCAACAUGAAUUAUCUAUCAAUAUACUACGGUGGCUCUGGAUAUUUUGGUCAGCAACUGGUAUAUGGAUUGGAUAAGUCUGAUUUAUCUGAGGAAUUUGGUGUCUGGAGGUGGUCCGCGGCCAACCUUACAUGUGAAAGUGCAAAAAAAGACAGAGCGUAUGCAUGCCGUAGCGCGAAUAGUGAGUGUAUUGGUGUCACGCAUGGAAAACUCUACAUUGGUUAUCGAUGCAAGUGCUCUCCUGGCUUUGAAGGAAAUCCUUAUGUCGAAAAUGGAUGCACAGAUAUUGACGAGUGUCUGAUACCCAAUAACUGUAAUGGGACAUGCUAUAACCUGAAAGGAAGCUUCCGUUGUUGCCCUCAUGACAUGUUCUUUGAUCCAGUAGAAAAACAGUGCACUCCUGAUAAGCGGCAAAAUCUUAUUUUGGGGGUUUCUACUGGGAUUGGCAGUGGUUUUGGAGUACUAGCUCUUGCACUGGGUGCGAUUAUACUAAUGAGGAGAUUGAAGAGAGGCGCUCAAAGGAAAAUCCGAAGGGCAUUCUUCAGAAAAAACAAAGGUCUGCUCCUGGAGCAGCUGAUCUCAUCCACCAGUGAAAGCGUCACUCACAGCACAAGGAUAUUUUCCAUGGAAGAGCUAGAGAAAGCAACCAACAACUUUGACCCGACGCGUGUGCUCGGGCACGGAGGCCAUGGCACCGUCUACAAGGGGAUUCUAUCCGACCAGCGGGUGGUGGCCAUCAAGAAGUCCAAGAUGGUGGAGCAGAGCGAGAUCGACCAGUUCGUCAACGAGGUGUCCAUCCUGUCCCAGAUCAUCCACCGCAACGUGGUGAAGCUCUUCGGGUGCUGCCUCGAGUCCGAGGUGCCGCUUCUCGUGUACGAGUUCAUCUCCAACGGCACGCUCCAUGACCUCCUCCACAGCGACCCGGACGCCAAAUGCUUGCUGACGUGGGACGAUCGUAUCAGGGUUGCUCUGGAGGCUGCAGGGGCGCUUGCCUACCUCCAUUCGUCCGCCGCGAUGCCGAUCUUCCACAGGGAUGUGAAAUCUGCCAACAUACUAUUGGAUGACACUUUCACCACGAAGGUCUCGGACUUCGGCGCCUCCAGGUCCAUCUCCAUCGACCAGACUCACGUGGUGACCAUCGUGCAGGGGACAUUCGGGUACCUAGACCCGGAGUACUACUACACCGGGCAGCUCACCGAGAAGAGCGACGUCUACAGCUUCGGCGUGAUACUCGUCGAGCUCUUAACAAGGAAGAAGCCAAUUUUUCUCAACAGUCUUGGUGAGCAACAGAACUUGUGUCAUUACUUCCUUGGACGGCUGAAAGACGAAACCGUCAUGGAUAUUAUCGAUUCUCAAGUUGUGGAGGAGGCCAGCCAGAGCGAGAUCGACGAGAUGGCGUCGGUCGCCGCGAUGUGCUUGAGGACUAGAGGCGGGCAGAGACCUAAGAUGAAAGAAGUGGAGCUAAGGCUGCAGCUGCUGCGAGCUAGGAGGCGACCUCCUAGAAGACACGAACAAGAGUUGCAAAGGCACGGAGAGACCAAGCCGUUGUUGUCAACUCCAAUUAAGUCCAGAUCUACUUCUGUGGCCAUGGCCAAGAACGUUGAGCUUGGCAUCGUCGCUGAUAAUCCGCCAUCGCGGACUCUCACGAGGUGCUACUCCAUGGAGCAAGAGAUGGCAGCUUCAUCAGAGUUUCCUCGUUAGGCGGUAGUAGAUUUUGUUUCGAAGAGGACUUCCCCCAUGCGCCCUGUGUUGUUUAUCUAGACUAGAUUCUUGCAGUACCUUGAUUUUAGCAUUCAAUCCCUGUGACUAGUAAGUAAUGGAGUGGAUAGUAGAAGAAUGUGUUGAUAAAUUCAGUGUAAGAAUGUAUACAGAAGGUUCAGAGCAAGAGAUGGUAUCUUCAUCAGAGUUUCCUCGUUA